UUUCUUACAUCUGGUUGAGCGAGAUAUUAUGACACCAGACAAAAUGAUAAUGUCGAAAUCAAUUAUUUCUACUGUGUAACGAGAAUAAGUAAACUACCCGCACCGGCAUGGAGGUGGGAGUAGUCGAGGAAGAGGAAAUCAAAGAGUCCUUUUCCAGCAUCGUUGAAGCCCUGGUGCAGCUAUGCAAGGACAACGCCGAGGCUCUGCAAUCUGACGAGAGCGAGGCCGGGCAAAGGCUGAGCGCUGCCUUCAUGGCCGUCACCGAUCACAUCGCAACCAUCCGACCCUCGCUAGACAAAAUCAGGGCUGUUGCACCCUUGUACGACUUCAGUCCUGAAACUCCGGGAAACGGCUAUCGCAGCUUUGUCAAUAUUGUGGACACCUUUGUCAUGCAUGGUCUUAAAUUGGCACGUGAAGUGGCGUCCACCAAGAGCAGUCUCUUCUUUCGCAAGACUGUCUAUAUGAAGGAAGUAGAGGCGUGCAGCCAUGUCUUGGCGUCACUUGGCACCUGCCUUCAGCACCUAGUCACUUUGAUCGACUGGAGCGAAACUGGCAACCUCUUCCCUGACGAAAAGCAUUCACCUGCAGAGCUGCUCGCAAGAGCGCAAAAUAUCAACCAGUAUUGCUUUUAUGGCAGGUGUCUUGGCUUCCAGUUCUGCGAAAGUAUGAGGAAGGCCUUGCAGUUCAUUUGCAUUGCCAUGGCAUCCUACAGUGAGGCUUAUUACAACAAUGGAAGUUUGAUCAGCAAAGCAACUAACUCUGUUUUGACUGGAAGCAAGUAUCUUUUGGACCCUGAGCUACGGGCCAGACGAAUUGUCAACAUUGCUCAGUACUCCAAUGUAGAGUUUUGCAAAUCCUUUUGGCAACUUACAGAGACCGAUUUGAUGCAGAAGUUGCCAAGCUUUGUAACACCAUCCGUAACUAUUAACCAGGAAAUCUCCAUUCCACCCCAGUCAUUCACUAUAAAAGGUGUGUAUGGCUCAGAUGUGAUUGUUCCUGCUCCAUCUUCUCACAUUGGGCCAAAACCGGUUUUGAUGCGCCUCAUCUCGGCUAACCAUAGAGAAGGAAUGCUUGGAAAAUCCACCGACGCAAGCUCACUGCCGCCGUCUCCGUGUUUGCUGGUGCAUUGUCAUGGUGGAGGAUUUGUGGCCCAAAGCUCGCGCUCACAUGAGUGCUACCUUCGAGAUUGGGCCAAUCGACUCAAUGUGCCCAUCAUCUCAGUUGACUACUCCCUUGCUCCGUCUGCUCCAUUCCCUCGUGCUCCUGAAGAAGCUCUCUAUGCGUACUGCUGGGCUCGGCAAAACUGCCACUUGCUCGGCUCGACUGGAGAAAGGGUCAUUCUGGUUGGUGACUCGGCUGGUGCCAACCUCAACUUGGGAGUGGCAAUCAAAUGCUAUGAAAUGGGGUUGCCACCUCCACACGGCUUGUUCCUAGCAUAUGUUCCAGUCCUUGUCUCUUUCAUUCCUUCACCAGCUCGACUUUUAUGUUUGAUGGACCCUUUGUUGCCAUUUGGUUUCAUGAUGCGCUGUCUCAAAGCUUAUGCUGGACACUUGUCAAUUGAUGAGAAGAAAGACGAGCCCGAAGAAAAUAAUAUUGAAGAUCUUCCUUUUUUUGAGGGAGAAAUUCCAGGGACGGAACCCAAACCCGACAAUGAAGCCAAGGUGGAGGAAGAUGACAAUUUGACCGAACUGCCUUUGAGAAGUCCAUCCAAAUUCUCUGACCAGGGAUCCGACUCCAUGACAACUGUGUCUCUUGUAUCCCCUCCAGCCCCGCAACCUGAAGACUCGGCGGCGGCCAGGUCACGGAAAUAUGUGGCCCAGUUUUUAGAUCGCUAUGUACAGAAUGGAAAGAACAAGGAGGACGAAGAGCAGGAUGUUAUUUUUGAAGCUCCACAAGUUGAUAAUGGGCCACAGUCACCUACACUUUCUGAGAGAUUCAGCUCCAUGGCUAGCUCAAUCACUGGCCACUUUUCUGCCACCAGUCGUUCAUUGAGCAGAGACCCGAGCCAAGAAGCUGCUUGCGGAUCUCCACAUCUUCCAUUGGAUCCGUCGGAGUUAGAUCAAAUGCUUGACCUCGACCCAACUGAAGAGUUCAAAUUCACGGUUCCGAAGGACCCAUAUCUGAGCCCAUAUUUUGCAUCUGACGAGAUUCUAAAACAAUUGCCACCUGUUAAAAUAAUUUCCCUUCAACUUGACCCUUGCCUGGAUGAUUGCGUCAUGUUUGCAAAGAAACUUAAAAGUUUGGGAAACGAUGUUCAGCUGGAUGUACUGGAUAGUCUGCCUCAUGGCUUCUUAAAUUUUUCACUUAUCAGCAAAGAGGCACAUGAAGGCUCAAAAUUGUGUGUCGAACGGAUCAGAGCUCUUCUCGGCACGGAGGAGGUUAACAACUGAACCUCAAACCAAAGGAUAUUGUUUGCACCAGUAAGGAUAUCAUGGAUAUUAAUUACGUUGUGAUAUUAAUACUUCUUUUUUCCAUACUUAAUUAAAUAGCUAGCUCAGUCAGUCAUUUUCAUGACCAGGUAGUUUUAGAAAGCAAUAUACUUAUCCAUACCACUGAAGAUUUUUAAAACUGCUAAGUUUCAUAAUUUAUUGAUAGCAAUAAAUAGCAAUAAAAAUUUGAAUAUCAGAAAAAUAUCUU